AUGUCAUCUUCAGCACCAUAUGAUCCAUACAUUCCAAACCAAACUACUGGUGAUCAAUCAAACUCCAGAACCGCUGCCAUACAGGCUCAAAUCGAUGAUACUGUUGGUAUUAUGAGAGACAACAUCAACAAAGUGGCCGAAAGAGGUGAGAGGUUAGACUCUAUUGAAAAUAAAACGGAUAAUUUGGCAAUCAGUGCCCAGGGUUUUAGAAGAGGUGCUAACAGAGUGAGAAAAGAUAUGUGGUGGAAAGAUUUUAAAAUGAGAAUGUGUCUUAUUUUUGGUAUAAUCAUUGUCAUCAUAGUUAUUGUGGUUCCAAUUGCUGUUCAUUUUAGUUAA